AUGACAUUCAUACUCGCUGCGAGACGUCAGUAUAAGCACGAGCGCGAGGUCCAUUAUCACAACUGGCGACACGCAGUCGAUGUAACGCAGUCCGUAUACUGCUUCCUGAAGAAGAAGUCCAACGCUUUGGAACGACUUUUGACGCCGGUCGAUGCCCUGACAUUGCUCGUGUCUGCGAUUGGACACGAUGUUGGCCACCCUGGCGUCAAUAAUGCCUUCCUUGUGGCUAGUAACCACCAGCUAGCGCAUUUGUACAACGACAAGUCUGUGCUGGAGAACUAUCAUUGCGCGGCCUACUCACAGCUGCUCCGUCAACAUUGGCCGGCAUUGGGCAGGAUACCACAAUUUCGAUCGACCAUGAUCUCUACGAUAUUAGCAACCGACAUGCAGCGACACUUCGAAUACAUGGGUUACCUCAGCGACCUGAAACAGAAGCUUGAGAAGAGCGAUACAGUUGUCGCUGACUGGAGCGACAAGGACAAAGAACACGCAAGAGAGCUUGCGAUGGCAUUACUGAUCAAAGCGGCCGAUAUCUCGAACGUCGCAAGACCUUUUGAAAUUUCCGCGCAAUGGGCGAAGAUUUUGAUGAACGAGUUUGCCCGGCAGGGUGAGCUGGAAACAGAGCUGCAAAUCCCGACCUGUCUUUUCGGUGGACCUCCAAACAGAGAGGAUCUGCUCGCUGCGGCGCAAAGUCAGAAGGGUUUCAUGAGCUUGUUUGGGUUUCCACUUUUUCGCGGCAUCUCGGAAGUCUUACCAAACACAUCAUGUACAUUACCGGAGCUGGAAAAGAACCACAGUGUCUGGGAAGGGAAGAUCGCCGAGGAG